AUGGUCGGUCAACUCGCUCCCCAUCGUGGCGCGGAUGCCCUGCCCGUCGAUUGCGUUUGCGAAGAGUGCCUCGAGCUUCAGCGCGAAUACUGCCAUGUCUUGAACCUGGUCGAGCAGUAUCAGGUCCGGCCCAAGAUCGAUCGGAGACUGGGCGUCGCCGCAGGUCAGCUGUACGAAGCCUGGCUCGAGGCUCAGCAUAGUCAGGAGCAUGAGUUCGUCGCGCGACAGAAGGAGGCUGUUGAAGCGGCGCCGGCGGAGGGAGAAGAGGGGCACAUUGAUAAGUAUCAGAAGUACUCAAUGCCUUUCGAGUUUCCGGAGAAGCCGCUUGCAUGCUUCUGCGAGGAUUGUCAGACCAUUUCGUGGCAGAGAUACGCCCUGGCUGAUGCUCGUUUACCACAUUCGCGGCAAAUACGCCUAGACUGGUUCCGCGAGAAGUACAAGUCUGGUCUAGAGCUGGAUACCGACCAGCUUCGGAUCCAGCACGCCCCUGGCCACAUCUUCAAAUCGCGCGCAGAGUGGGAAGAGGGCGACCCAUCUGGAAAAGAGCUUCUGAACGUCUGCAGGACCUGCCAUGAUGUUCACGAGCAUUGGGCCGUCAGUCCUUGCGGCCACUGGCAAUGCUACGAGUGCAUGAUGCGCGAUCGCAGCCAUCUCAUGUGCACAGAGUGCCAGCAGGACGCUCCAUUCGUGCUCAUUACCAAAUACCUCAUGAGGAGCGACUGCGAUGAAAAGGACUUUCACAAAGACUUUCGCUAUACCCCCGAGUCGGAAGAGGACGAGCACUCCACCAAGUACCUUCGCCAGUUCGGCUUCGUGCCAAACGAUUCAGCGAAGAGUUUUGUCAUCAAAGACUACCCGACCAGGGCUUACGCCAACUACCUCCGUCAAGUCGGCAUCAUUGUUGCCCCCGAGUCUCUAGAAGUGCUCCGAGAGUGCAUGAUUCUCCGGCGUCUCCAGUGCGCGCACCAGCCGGACGCGUGCGGCUACAUCGCCUACUCGCGCGAUGAUUUGGAGGCGCACAUGUUCAGAGCCCACGGGGACUUUCUCUGCGAGUCGUGCCAGGGACUUGUGUGGGACGAGUGUUUCGCCGCCCCUUUCGAGAUCAUCGUCAAGCAUCAAGCUACGGCCCAUGGUAUGGGCGUUGCGAUGCGGACGGUUCUGAAGGCGUGGAAGCAGGCGCCGAUGCUGUUUUACUACUGGAGUCCGGAGACGAUCGGGUUUGCUCCGGAGGCAGUCAUUGAGGAUCUCUUUCAGCUUGCGCUGGGAAAACUUGUGAAGGGUGUUACUGGUGAACUCACGGAAGAGGAUAUCUUCCCGCCUGAUGUGGAGGCGGACGCUUGGGAUGGAUGGAAGUCGGAGAAUGGGGGUGAGAAUGAGGAGGGUCAAAAGACUGAAGGUGAAGAGGCGGAUAAUGAUAAGACGAGGAUUGAGGAGAUUGUGGAUCAUGGCCCUGGAGAGAUGGAGAGCGGCAAGACAGAAGGUGAAGGCGAGGCGGAGGAUCAGCGGCUGGAUACUGACAAGGCGACCGGCGUAAGCUCAGAGAACAACGGCGCAGGCAAGGGCGAUGAGGAUGACUGUAUCGAUCUUUUGUGA